AUGUCAUACGACAGCGAUACAGAAAAGUGGAAUGUACUGCCAGAGCAAAUCACCUAUGGCUGCAAUUGGAACAGAUGCAAUGAUCCCAAACUCGUUCCAAAACUACCGGAGAGUUUUUUAAUUCAAUUACCUACUGAUUGGUUAAGCAUAAAUCUUCUUCCAAAUGGCACUGCUGGAAAUCCAUCUACAUGUCACAAUUGUCCAGAUGCACCACAGUGUGGUGACACAGAUUUUUUUGAUAUAUCACGAUGCCCAGAAAUAGCUUGUAAUGGAUCAUGUGUAAUGGAGGACAAAUUCGAUGAUCCCGAGAGUAUUCCACUCCAAUUUUGCUAUCAAUCGAUAUGCGACACAUCGCCAGUAACUGACAACCGCCAACUUGUAAUUGGUAGUAUCUACUAUUUGGAACCGCGAGAAUUAAAUAUUUUGGAGAUGCAGGUGUCCUGUCGUGCAGAUGAUUGUAGUCGUCCGGAAAUAUUUCAAGACAUUCGACAAAAGAUGACAGAAAAACUUGAUUUGGACGCUUUUUUAAAUCAACGACCGGUCGGUGGAGCAGUGCAAAUGACAUACAAUUAUUUACUAAUACUAUCCAUGUCCGCCUAUUUCAUGGUUAAAUUUUAUUAA